GAAAAUUGAAUAAUUAUUAUUAUGAGGUUAUUUAGAUUUUAACAUUAUGCUCGAGAUGGUUGCACACUGCUUAACAAAAAGAAAGAUAUUAUAACAUGCAAUAAACCUUAUAGCUAACAUUUAGCAGAUCUUGUAAUGAGUAAGUCACUAAAUGCAUUACUAUAAGAUGAAAGACCAACGAAUAUUAAACGCAUUUCGUAGAUGUACGUAAAAUGGAACAACUAUGACGCUAUUCGAAAAUUUUAACUGUAAGAAUAAGGUUUUACACUGUAAGUUUAUUACAUCAUAACAAAAUAUUUUUAUACUUUUAUAUUUUUAUAUUUUUUAAUUCCUUUUUUAUAAGUAUAGUCAAUCUCUCGAACAGGUCCGACGAUGAUGACAUUCUUUAAGCGAUUCCAUGCCCAUGCCCAAUUUAGCCAAUAUUUUUUACAGCAUAUAUUAAAAGCAUUGCAAAACAAUAAUUUAUUCAGUAUUACAACUAGUUUUCCUACUGGGAAUCGUUCAAAUGAUCUUAAGCGACGUAUUUUCAAAAGAACGAGAAAAUUUAUAUGAUGUAUGCAUUGCAAAAAGUAUCCUAGAAGAAAUGCAAGAAUAAUUCUUUCGAGUUGAAAAGAUACAUUCAUUGCAAGCCUCAAUGAAUAGCUAAUUUUAAAGCAAUAAAAAGUAUCAAUUACAUAUUGAAUAACGAAGGAAGUGGAAAAGUUUAUUAAGAUCGAAGAAGUGCAACACGUGUUAUGUAACUAACCUUAACUUUCUGACUGCGAAAGGUGUAUACAUACAUGUUAUGGACAAAGGUAUUAUCAUUAACGAAUAAUGAUCGGUUAAUGCGAACAAUGUAAUAAAUUUCAUGCUGUUCAUCAUACUUAAUCACAUUGGACAGUAUGAAAACUGUUGUAAUACUACAGUAUUCUCUCCGUAAAUGUUAAAAUUUUAUCCCCACUACUGGGGGAUCCCCCUUGAAAUCAGUCAAGAAUGAAACACGAUCAGUCGCCGAAAUGACGAGAAUCAAAUAUCGGUGAGACACAUACUAAUGCAAGAAAAGGAAAAGAUUGCAGCUUUUUUAUUUCGUACUAUUUUUCCAUGAAACUUUUACUGUCGUAUUCGUCUACUUUUCCUGAUUUAAAUAACACCAAACACGAUAUGAUUACGAUCGUUAUUACUUAUGUAAUAAGCCAUAAAAGUUUCGGACUUUCACACUUACGGCAAACUUUACAUUUACGGCAGAGAUACGAAUUCCUCCUAAUGGCUUGCUAUACAAGUAAUUAUGAUUUUAAUUAUACCGUAUUUGGUACAAUUUUAAUCAGAAAAACGAGACAAAUACGAUAAUCAAAGUUUCAUUCAUGAAAAACCAAAAAUAAAGAAUUUUGAUUUUUGAAUUUAAACUUGGAAACUUUAACACGUUGAGCCCGGCGCCGAAUUUGCUGUCCUUUCCGUUCAGCCGGCAGCGAGCGAUCAAGCGGUACAAUGUUGCAGGGUACCGCGACUUUAAACAGUGAGUAGAGCUUAUCUGUUGGUGAGCUUUGUCGGCUACCGACAUACAAGCCCUGCCUGUGCGUGACAAAGCUCGUGGUCCCGAAUGUUAGCGGCGGCCCGCCUUUGAGCUCGCGUUCGAAAUAAGGAGAAGUUUUAAUUUCUUUUUCUAAGUAAAACAAUGGAACAGUCAAUACGUACGUACCUCCAAGAGGCGAUCAGUUGGGAGAGAUUUACCGAAGUGUACGGAUUGUUUGUAAAAAGUAAGUUGAAGGACGAAGAAAUUAUCGCGAAAGAAAAUAAUCAGGGUAUUACUGUCUUGAAGUGGAAAGACAAGAGAGAUAUUUUGGUUCUGUCCACAAAACAUUCAAGCGAAAUAAUAACCGUAAAAACAAAAAGAGGAUUUUGCCCAAAACCAAAAAUUAUGACUGAAUAUAAUAAAUCAAAGACUAGUAUGGAUUUGUCAGAUCAAGUGAGCGCGUAUAGCAGUCCCUUGAGAAAAACUCUCAAGUGGUAUAAAAAGUUAGCAUUUGAGCUAUUUCUAAAUACCGCUGUUAUAAAUGCAUUGUUCACGUAUCAAGAAAUGACAGGAAAAAAAAUAUCAGUCACGGCAUUUCGCAGGCAAUUGACGGAUGAACUCACACGGCGGCUAGAUGAGGAACUCCAAUCCAACGUGAAAGAAUUAUUCACAAAUUAUACAAAAAGGAAGGAGACGUACAUAAAGUCCGAGGUUAUUGUACAAAAUGUUACGCUGACAAUUCAAAACUAUUUGGACGCAAGAAAACCAAAAAUGUUACUAAAAAAGUUAUUACGUACUGUAGUAUGUGACAGCAAGACGGUUAAAGAGAACACCACAGCCCUGAACGCAUGGGCCAAAGACAUAAGAAGUAAAAUCUGCCCCCAGAGGAAAGCAUCUCCAAGACCCAACCUUCUAAGCAAUAAACUCAGAAGAACCAACAUGCCUCCAACGAAGAAAAAGGAAAACGCACCCAGCACCGCCCGCAACAUAAGCAACCAAACCAAUCAGCAAAUCCAGCAUUCAGAUCUCUACAAAAUUAUAGAGAAAUUUAAUAAAACGAUGGAGCAUCUCACGCAGCAGCUAGCUGAAGAAAGGGCGAAGAAUGGAAAAACCCAGGAAAGCUCCCAACCGCCAAACAACCGAAGCCAAGGACCAGCUCCCAUGGAAAUCACAAAGGUCAGCGAACAAUCAGACACCCCAGGUACCAGACUAAAACAAAGGAAGGAAGAAACUAUCCGUACAAAGGAAGCAGCGAAGCGGCCGCUACAGUGCACCGAGGACACUAGCCCAAUAGGACCCCCCACGAACAAGAAUGCGUGCAGGUACGUUACCUCUCAACCGGCCAAAAAGGUCAAGACCACCGCGCCAACAAACACAGACACGCAGGUAAACAGCCCAAAACCUCCCCCCAUAAUAAUAACGGACUCACCGAACAAACGAACAAUAGAGAUAGCUAAUAAACUUUCAAACAACUUUUACACAAAAAUAAUCUCAGACAGGAAACACAUACUAUACAUGGACUCUUUAAAAAACCACAUCCUUGCAUGCGAAACACUCAAAAAUCAGAACAUGCAAUUCUACUCAUACACACCUAAAAGCCAAAAACAACACACAAUCCUGCUAAAAAACCUGGACGGAGACUUUGACCCGGAACAAAUCUUAGAAAACCUUAAAAGUAAAAUGACACCAGACCUAACAUUCACUUCAGUAAAAAAAUUCAACACCAGGAGAUUUACCAUCGAAGGUAGAUCCCUACCCAUAUAUAUAGUCCAACUCGCGCCCGACAGCAAACUAGAAAACCUGAAACACAUUAGAGUAGUCCUACACACUCUCAUCAAAUGGGAGAAAAUAAUCAAAAAAGAUAGAGUUCAAUGUAAAAGAUGUCAGAGAAUAGGACACAUUGCCACAAACUGUAACUUAGACUACCGAUGUGUAAAAUGCAACACAAAACACAAUCCAGGAGAAUGCCCCAGAAACAGAGAAAACACAAACGACCCCAACUGUGUAAAUUGCGAAAAAUUCGGGCACCCAGCCUCAUACCGCGGUUGCCCCAAAUUAGCUGAAAUCAAGAAUAAAUUAGAGGAAAAAAGCAAACACAGAUCGCAGAAAAACACAGAAAACAAAAUUUAA